AUGCAGUCUGAAAUCCCACCACAACAGGCCGGAUUCACCAAAGGAAGAGGCACCAGAGAGCAAAUCCUCAACAUCAGAAUGCUCAUCGAGAAAGCUCAACAGCCAGUUGCAGAAAAAAAUCAAAUUCUUAAUCAAGAUCUAGAAGAAAAGCAGAUUCUCAAUCGUACACCAUUAGUAUUAACGGAGAGUUUGGGCGCUCUUCAUUUCCCCAAAAGAGUUAGAAUAACUAGAGAACAUCAAAAACAGGAAUAUUACUUUUCAAAGGAACGAGACGGUCAAUAUUAUUGUCCCAUCGAACACACCAAAGAAAACGAGGAACUACUUGAAAAUAUCGAGAGACUCGGCAGAGAGGAAUAUAAAUACUGUCUGUUCAAGAAGAAAAAAUCCAAGAAAGAAGAAGAACCAAUGUGUAAAGAUGAAGUUAAACCUUUGAUACUUCGAAUAAGAGACAAUAUAGGGCAAAUGAAAUGCGGGGAUGGUUUCUUGUAUAAAUUCGCAUACGAGAUCUGCACUCCAAAAUCAGUAACGGGGAAAGCCUUGCGUUGGAUACUAUGGAAGAAAACUCCAAAAGCUGAUUUAUUCGCAUACGUGGAUCAUCCUCAUUUGUACGAAAUUUGCUACGAACAUUUCACCGAUUCGAAAGAUCUUAAGAUUAGUGGCAGGGUUCUUUUUACAGAGCAUAAAAUAAGAUCACCGUAUUUGUUUCGCAAUUUAAAUCUAUACGAUGAAAAUGCAAUGCACAAUAUUUCGGAUCAUUAUUCGAUAGAAACAUACGGAUUAGACAACCUGAAAUCGUUGAAUGGAAAUUUACAGGCAUUUUUGAAACAACCAGAAAGGCCUCGUCAAUACGAACUUGAAAUGUUGGUGCCAUCAACUGAUUUCGCAUUAGGUCAUUGGAAAAAAGCAACAUACCACAUGAUCAACUAUGCUCCAUUACAUGGAUGGGGAACGUAUCUUUGGAGAAACAUUACUGCGUACGUUUCUGGUAAAUUGAUCCAAUUAUACAAGAAAAUUGGACCCAUACGAAUAUUUACUGGAACAUACGGAGAAUUUGAGUAUAAUAGGCAGAAAGUUUACUUGGGAGAUGACCCAGUUACUCGAGUUCCAAUUCCAGUAAUCUGGUGGAAACUUCUUUACGCUGAGGAUAAAGACCCGAGGAAAGCGGUGGUAGUGAUAAUGCAUGCCGUUAAGAACUUGCCAAAAGCAUGCAAAGAAGAAACUACUGCAUGCGAUAUAUCAAAAUGGAACCUUAAUUUGGAUCAUAAAAUUUAUCAUUAUAUAUAUGUUUAUUGUUGCAACGUUUCCAACGCUAAAGAUUAUAUCACCACAAUUGGUCAACUCAGAAUUCCUAAUCUGGAAAAAGUCGAGCUUUUAGAGUUAGACUGA